AUGAAGCUCGCGAUGGCCCACCAACGGCCUCGUCACGUCCAAGCCUCCGUGCUUGAUCUUGCUGGCGUGCCCACGGCAAUCGUCCAGUACACGCUGGCGCUGCGCGAUGUCGUCUCCUUCCUUGAGGCGCUGCCAGCCGCGAUGCGCUCGCCAGGCCUGGCGGCGGUCCUCCAGCUCUUGUCGGCGCCGCUCGGUGCCACGCACUGGCCGGAGCUGUGUCUGAACCGCCUCGACGACGACACAAUUGAUCGCAUUGGCGCCAUCAUCAACGUCGUCAACGCGGUGCGCAUCACAGGUCUGUGCUAUAGUAGACGCUGGCCGCGCGACCCCAACUUCAACGUGCCGUUCUGUGGGUUUGUCGCCAAGUGGGCCCCCAAAGUGACGACCGUCGACCUCACCGCUUCGUGCCUUUCCAAGCACCGCGACGAGUACUGCCGCGCGCUGGCCCGCUGCACGCCUCUCAAACGCGUCUGCGUCACAAUCGACGAGCCCGGAUUGCUCGAGGCCGUGAUGUCGCCGGCACACUGCGUCUCGGAGCUCGAGCUCGCAGCCCUUCAAUUUUGGCACGUUCCCGCAGCUUCCACAAUGACCACGGUGCAGCGUUGGCUGGCGUCUGGCCACGCGCGCUCCUUGGCACUCCGUAACUUUGUCGCACCGAAUAACUCGGGUCUUGUGCGUGCGCUGGCGUCAUCGCCCACACUCUCAAGCCUGUGCAUCGACCACUCGCUUGUGUUUUUGAUCCGCCUAGUCACCUACAUCGCGGAGCAAACGGUCUUCGAGCGCUACACCCCAACCGGGCUUCUUUUUCGUCCAGCGUUGAAGACACUGGUGCUCCGAAGCAUGCGUAACGUUGAUCUCGGCCAGUACCGGUGCAUUCUCGCCAUGGUCUCGCAGUCGCUAGUGCUCGAGCACUUGCGCGUUGAGCACAUGGAUCUCCACGGCGUUGUUGCGAAUCGGCCGAGUUUGUCGUCAUCGCCGACACUUCGCACGGUCACGUUCAACUGUGUUGUGUUGUCCGAGAUGAGUCUCAAAACGACGCUCGCCUGGAUCACGCGCUCACGUCAUCUCGAGUCGGUCACGUGGCAUGACGUGAGGUACUUUGGUGCCCACGCCAGCGCCCCGGCCAAGGCGCUGCGUUGCUGCAUCGACGCCGGCGCGCACCGCGUGCGAUUCACCAGCUGUGGCAUCGGCACCAACGGCGCAGCGGUGCUGGCUGCAAUACUGCACGAGACGCGAAUCGCUUUCGAGCUCGAUCUCUCGGGCAACCCGAUUCGUCUCCGAGGCGUGCAAGCGCUGCUCGAGGCACUCGCAAUGUGUACGAACGUCGCCGUCAAGCUGCCACUCGAGUGCAAAGGCUUUGUCGAGGACAACAACUGCCUGCAUGUGGCCAAAGCGAGAGCCGCUGACGUCACGACCCACGUCAUCGGUGACGUUGUCGUCCUCCAGAGCGUCAUGUCGGCCACAACAACGCGUGCAGAGUCCUAA